AUGUUAAUGGAAGAGCGUGAUUUAAUAUGGAAAUUUCGUUUUUGGUUAAAAUCAAACCCUAAAGCUUUAACAAAAUUUAUUCGUUCUGUUAAUUGGCAAGAAAAGUUGGAAGUUCGUCAAGCAAUUCAAGUCAUUCUUGAGUGGGAACCAAUCGACGCCUGUGAUGCUUUAGAACUUCUUUCUCCAAAUUUUUCUCAUCCUUUUGUACGUCGUUAUGCCGUUUCACGUCUACAAAACACUACAAAUGCAAAUAUUCUUUUAUUUUUGCCUCAAUUAGUCCAAGCACUUCGUUACGAACCUUCACAACAAGAUUUACUUGCGAGUGUAGAAGAAGAUUUGUUGGUUGUUACACAAAAUGAAAAUGUUAGUGGGACUUCUACUAUUGUUGCAACAUCUUCAAAUUCUGUUCAUCCAAGAAUGGCCUCAAGUCGACAAUCAACAAAUUCAGACAUUCCUCUCGAUUAUUUUGAAGGCCAUGAGUCUAUGGAUUUGGCUACUUUUCUUAUUAAAAUUGCUUGUCAAAAUAGUCCUAUUGCUAUUUUUCUUUAUUGGUAUUUAAAAGUUGAAGUUGAAGCAAAUUUUGGAAAUAAACAAAUAUCUGAAUUUUAUUCGUCUGUUAUUUUAAAACUUCAACAAGCACUUUCAACUGGUAAUAGUGCAUGUAAACAAACAUUGGCUACAAUUUCUUCUCAAAAGAAAUUUGUAGACACUUUAGUUGAUAUAGCAAAAGCUGUUGCUGAUUCAAGCGGAAGUCGUUCAAAAAAAUUGGAAUUGUUAAAGAAAAAAUUGAUUGAAAAUAAUGAUUUGAUUGAUUUGAAGGGAAUGAGCCUUCCUUUGGAUCCUUCAGUUCAUGUAAAAUCUGUUCAGCCAGAAUCGACAACUUUAUUUUCGAGUAAUUUGAUGCCAAUGAGGUUAACGUUUUCUACUGUUAGAGGAAAUAUUACACCUUAUGAAUGUGCUGAAGCUUAUACAACAAUAUUUAAACGUGGAGAUGAUUUGAGACAAGAUCAACUUGUGUUGCAAAUGAUUAGAUUAAUGGAUUCUUUGUUGAAGGAGGACAAACUUGAUUUAUGUUUAACUCCAUAUGCUGUUCUCGCAACUUCUUGUUCCGAAGGUUUUGUCCAAUUUGUAAGAGGCGCUACACCUUUGGCUGAUAUAAAAAGCAUACAGGACACACUUCGUACAUUUAGACCUUCAUCAUCUGCCCCAUAUGGUAUUGAAGCAGACGUUCUUAAUAAUUAUGUUAAAUCAUGUGCUGGUUAUUCUAUAAUUUGCUAUAUUCUUGGAAUUGGUGAUCGACAUUUACAUAAUUUGUUGCUUUGUGAAAACGGUAAAAUGUUUCACGUAGAUUUUGGAUUUAUUUUGGGAAGAGAUCCAAAACCAAUGCCUCCCCCAAUGAAGUUGACGUCUGAAAUGAUUAAUGCAAUGGGAGGUCAAAAUAGUGAACAUUUUCGCGCUUUUGUUAAUUAUUGUACAAUUGCUUUUUGCAUUCUAAGACGGCAUGCAAAUUUAAUAACAAAUUUAUUUUCGUUAAUGUUGGAUGCUGGAAUUCCUGACAUUUCUAUUGAACGAGAUAAGGCUGUUAUGAAGGUUUUGGAACGUUUUCAUUUACAACUAUCAGACGAAGCUGUAUGCCAAUUAGUUGUACGUCUUAUAGAAUCUAGUCUUUCUGCAAAAAUGCCGUUAAUUGUUGAUUUUGUUCAUAAUGUUCGUCAAUAUAUGUCUAACUAA